GAAGAGGUGGUCCAAAGCCACAAAGAAGGAGAGGAAAGAGCUAGUGAUUUCUGAGGUGGUCAGGACAGAGGAGGAGAACUACCAGAUCAAAGCCCUUAGCCAAAGUCAGCAAGGACGCUGGACGACCUGGGAGGGAGUAAUAAGCAGGACCGUAGGGUGGGCUGACAUGUGGAGAAUCCCCCAAGCCAGGCUGAGCUUCCUCAUAAGGUCCACAUAUGACACCCUCCCAAGCCCCAGCAACCUCUGUCUGUGGUAUGGCUCAGAGGAGUGCUGCCAGCUUUGUAAUGCCCCAAAUCCUAAUCUGCAGCACAUUCUAUCAAGCUGCAAAACAGCACUAACCCAGGGUCGGUAUAGGUGGCGCCACGACCGUGUCCUGCGGAAGCUGGCAGAGAUCCUGGAGGUGCGCAGGGCGGAAUCAGCCAGGGAACGCCGACCACUAAAAUUAAGACGGCCGAUCCACUUUGUCAGAGAGGGAGGAGGGGCCACCAAAAUCACGCAGCCACAGAGAUCAGCCCUGGCAGGCAGUUGCGAUUGGAACCUGAGAGUGGACCUCGAUCGGCAGCUCAGGUUCCCAACAGAGAUCACCACAACCAACCUCCGACCAGACAUCAUUCUCUGGUCCGCCACAACCCGGGCAGUAAUUUUGGCAGAGCUUACUGUCCCGUGGGAGGGAGGAAUGGAGGCAGCCCAUGAGAGGAAGAAAGAUCGCUACCUCGACCUUACAGCCGAAUGCAGAGAGGCUGGGUGGUCAGCUGUCAGCUACCCGGUGGAAGUCGGCUGUAGGGGGUUCGUGGGAACAUCCACCCAGCGUUUCCUGAAGAGCAUGGGAGUCACCGGCCCCAAACUCAGAAAUGCUAUGAAAGUCCUUGCCGAGGAGGCCGAGCAGGGAAGCUUUUGGCUUUGGUUAAGAAGGAAGGAUCAGGCGUGGGGAAAACAAGGGUCCUAGGGUUAGCUGCAGGGGGCAGCAGGGAGACGUCCCUGCUGCCGCUCCACCACCGUGAGAUGUUCCGGGAUUAAUGGAGCGAAACAUCAAU